UCCUUUGCUUGGGCUGCCGAUCGGCUUCGAUGGCCACAGAGCGGUCAGAUUUCUCCACUGCGUCGGCUGCCCAGAGCGACGCGGCGUGGUACUUCAUCGACAGCAAUCGGGCGUACCGCGGGCCAAUCAGCGGGGAGACCCUCCACUUUCUCUACAGCACGAAUGCCAUCACAAAGCAGACCUACGUCUUCACCGAGAAGCUAAGCUCGUCGCGCCAGUGGACGAGAAUACGCAAGAUCGACUGGCUCUACAAGUCCCUGGAGCAGCCCACCGCGAGCUCGCGUGCCGCCUCCCAGAGGGCGACCGCGCAGCCGGUAAAAGAGGCGGCGGGCGAGGGAGCGGGGCAGGAGGCAGGGGAGGCGCCCGCCAGCCCGGCAUCCAAAUCGCCGUCUCCCGCUUCGCCUCCGCGUACCCUCGGCUCCGCGCCGGCCAAGGGUGCUGCCGGCAUGCUCCCGGCGGGCGCGGCGGCUGGGGCAAGCCUCUCCGAGCGGCUGAUAGGGCGGGGCUCGGCGGCGAAAGGCGCCACUGGCGCGGCGACCAGCGCCGAGCCCAGUCGCACGAUGAGCCUGGCCGCCGGCAAGCGCUGGCUCGGGCUAGGGAGGGGCAAAGGGUCGUCGCGCUUCGGUGUCAAGCUCGACGAGGCGCGCCUCGGGGACGACGGAGUGCCGGAGGUGCUGCAAGAGCUGCGCACCUUGCUGAUGGCGCGCAAGGGACACCGCAACGAAGGCAUCUUUCGGGUGUCGCCCGCCACUUCGGCCCUCCAGGCGUCUCGCGCGCUGGUCGAGGCGGGGCAGACCUCAAAGGUCAGCGACCUCGAGUCGGUCGCGCAGCUCAUCAAGGUUUGGUUCCGCGAGCUGCCCGAGUCCGUCUUUGGCGCCGACCGCGAGACCGGCAUCGUCGCGCCCAUCGUCGACGGCGACUUCACCACCGGCGCCGGCUGCUACGAGGCGAUGCAGGGGUUGCCGGAGCCGCGCCGUUCGACGGUGCGCUGGCUACUCGAGCUGAUCGGAGACGUCUGCAGGUACGAGUCCGAGAACCGGAUGACGGCGCAGUCGAUGAUCAUCGUGUUUGCGCCGAACCUGAUUGUCCCGCGGGCGGACCUAGACCCGCUCUCGGCGCUGCAGGUCAACCAGCACGUCGUCCGCUUCAUGGAGCUCCUCUUCGGCCACUGGAACGAGGUUGGAGGGCCCGCCACCCGCAUCACCGCGUCGACGGCCUCUCCGCAGGUGGACCCGCCGUAGGUGGACCCCGCCGUAGGGGGGCGCCGGGGCAACCACCGGCGGCGGGCCGGGGCGGGGGGGGGCAGGUGACCCCAGCCGAGGCUGUCAGGGCGAGGGAUGUGGGAGACGCACGGCGGGGGAGGGUGCUGUCUGUGCCGACACUCUCGUGAAUGCACCCGUGAUGCGGGAUAAAGGACGGGGUGCACAUGCGCGACUCGCCGGGUACGGCGCCGGGACGCAUAUUUUCUGUCUAGUUGCCUCAAGUUCCGCCCCCGAGAGAAAGAUAUG